GUAUGUUUAUGGGCUAAACGACCACAACAUGGCAGUACGUUCAGUGACACCAUGUACAGAAAAGCUGUUUAAAGUUUUAGUCAUUGGGGAUCUAAGUGUUGGGAAAAGCAGCAUUGUCUUGCGGUAUGUGAAUAAACGCUUUGAUGAAAGAUACAAAGCAUCUAUUGGAGUUGACUUUGCUCUAAAAACUAUUGAAUGGGAUGCAAAGACAGUGGUGAGGCUUCAGCUUUGGGACAUUACAGGCCAGGAGAGGUUUAAGAAGAUGUCCAGAGUGUUCUACAAAGAGGCGAUGGGAGCAGUAGUGGUCUUUGACAUUACAAACAGCUCCACCUUGGAGGCUGCCUCAGAGUGGAAGCAGGACCUGGAUAGCAAAGUCUGUCUCGACAGCGGACGUCCGGUCCCUGCCGUCCUGCUGGCCAACAAAUGUGACAUGACAGGAAGGGACAGAGACUUGGUGUCCUCGCUGGACAGCUUCUGUAAAGACAACAGCUUCAUGGGCUGGUUUGAGACAUCUGCAAAGGACAAUAUAAAUAUUGAUGAGGCAGGUGUCUUCCUUGUCAAGCAAAUGAUGCUCUGCGACACCGGCCUGUCCAAUGAAGAGCGCCGCUGGGACAGGAUCAAAGUGAGCCAGGCUCCCGGGGAGAGUCAGAGCCAGUCAUUGUGCUGCUGGAGACCACGGCUCUGAGGCAGAGAGCCAAACAACUGCAGCUACUGGUUAAACGCUCUAACUAGACCUGUUUUUGAUACCAUGUCAUGAAUCCACAGCCACUGCAUAGAAGCUAUUUGAGAUUGUGUUACAUAAUAGCCAGUAACUUUACAUGCACGUUUCUGCCUCGCCAGGUUUUUUCAGUAAUGUGUGGACUGCCUCAUAAACACCUCUGUGGAGACGAUUGAGCUAAUUUCUCUGAUGAUCCACUGAUACCGACAGGCUAAUAAAGUGAUCAGCAUGACAUACGUCCUGCUGGGAAAAGUCUGUGACACUCACCGUGCAACUAAGACUUGCUGGUGAUUGACCUAAAACUGUGAAACGGUCACAACUGCCAUUUUCCCAAACAACAAAAACAGCAAGACAAAAAGAUUUUUAAAAUGUUGUUUAAAGCUAUUGAACAUUUCUCA